AGGGGAAAAACCAUAGAGUCUUGGCAGCCGAUAAGAGGAAGAGAGAGUGGCCUCCAUAUGCCCGAUGUCCUAGAGGCGGCUGGGCCAGAGGUGGUCGCACAAAGGGAUCCCCGGGAGGCCGCUCCAGCCUCUGUCGACCAUAGAGAUGCGGCUCCCGCCUGCCCUGGGCUGGGUGCUCCUACCUGACGUUGUGGACGCUGUCAUUGCCUCCAUUUUACAGAUAGGAAAGCUGAGGCCCAGAGAAGCGAGGCAACUGUAUCUCUCCAAGUCAUCGCGCAUUUAAGAGGCCAAAACACGCAAGUUGCUGGUGAUGACAGACCCUGUGUUGGACUCACAGCCAACCAACAGCACUGGGGAGAUGGAUGGACUGUGCCCUGAGAUAUUGCUGAUCCCUCCACCUCUCUCUAACCGUGGAAUCUUGGAGCCCAUUCAGAGCCCCUGUCCUUCUGGGGACACCACACCUUUGCCUACUGAUCCAGGCUGCCUGCUGGUAGAGGCCACAGCAACUGAAGAGGACCCAGGGAACAUGGAGAUCAUUGUGGAAACAGUAGCUGGAACCUUGUCCCCAGGUGCUCCUGGAGAGACCCCAGGUGUCCUGGUAAAAGUGGUGGAGGUGUACUUCUGUGAGCGCUGUGAACAGAGCUUCGCAGAGCCCACUCUGCUGGCCCUGCACCAGUGCAGUGAGACCCAUAUACAACCAGUGCAGGGCCUCUCUAGCCCCUCGUGCUCUGUAGAGCUGCCCCCUAGCAACCUUAACCUCCCUGGCUCUCUGCAGGGCCAGAGCCCGCUAGAUAGCCCCUUGCCAUGCCCUGUAUGUAGACAGGAGUUUGCCCAACCCCAGGCCCUGAAGAGCCACUUCAAGAUUCACCGGGGCACUCCUGACACCUUCUCCUGCCCAGAAUCUGGCUGUGUGUUCUCUGCUGAAGAUCGCAAGGGUCUGCAGCAUCACCUGAGGCAGACCCACAGAGCAGUUCCUGUGCCCUGUUCUUUCCGCGGCUGCCCUUUGCUUUUCGGUAGCCAGCAGGGCAUGGAGCUGCACCGGCAGGGCCAUUACCCUUUCCACUGCAGCCAUUGCAGCUUCAUGGGCUCCAACGUCAAACUCUUCCGGCAGCAUCAGUGGAGCCAUGGGGCCGGGACACAGGAACAACAUUCUGCCGUUCAGGGCCUUUCAUCUCAGGAGCUGCUGCCAGCUCCCAAACUGCCUCCAGGAGAGGGAGAACCUUCAGAGGAAGCAGGUACAACCUUGCCUGGGCAGGAGUCAGCUGAAGAGGAGGACGUAGAAGAAGAGGAGAAGAGUGAGACCCAGAAGGACUCCCAGAAGGCCUUGGACAAAGGCCAAGGGGCUCAGCAUUUAGAAGGGGAUGUUGCUUCAGGUACUGAGUCCCUCUUCAAGACCCACAUGUGUCCAGAGUGCAAACGCUGCUUUAAGAAGCGGACCCAUCUGAUGGAGCACCUGCAUCUCCACUUCCCAGACCCCAGCCUCCAGUGCCCCAACUGCCAGAAGUUCUUUACCAGUAAGAGCAAGCUCAAGACCCAUCUACUGCGAGAGCUGGGUGAGAAGGCCCACCACUGCCCACUGUGCCACUACAGUGCAGUGGAAAGGAAUGCACUCAACCGCCACAUGGCCAGCAUGCAUGAGGAUAUUUCCAACUUCUACUCAGACACCUAUGCCUGUCCUGUCUGCCGUGAGGAAUUCCGCCUCAGCCAGGCCCUCAAGGAGCACCUCAAGAGCCACACAGCAGCAGCUGCAGCAGAACCAUUACCCCUUCGCUGCUUUGAAGAGGGCUGCAACUAUGCAGCACCCGACCGCAAAGCCUUUGUAAAGCACCUGAAGGAGACCCACGGAAUGCGGGCUGUGGAGUGCCGCCAUCACUCAUGUCCCAUGCUGUUUGCCACAGCCGAAGCCAUGGAGGCCCACCACAAGAGCCACUAUGCCUUCCACUGCCCCCACUGUGACUUCGCCUGUUCCAAUAAGCAUCUGUUCCGUAAACACAAAAAGCAGGGCCACCCUGGCAGUGAAGAGCUGCGCUGUACCUUCUGCCCCUUUGCCACCUUCAACCCUGUGGCCUAUCAGGACCAUGUAGGCAAGAUGCAUGCUCAUGAAAAGAUCCACCAGUGCCCUGAGUGCAACUUUGCCACUGCCCACAAGAGGGUGCUCAUCCGACACAUGCUGCUUCAUACCGGUGAGAAACCUCAUAAGUGUGAGCUGUGUGACUUCACAUGCCGAGAUGUGAGCUAUCUAUCCAAGCACAUGCUGACCCACUCUAACACCAAAGAUUACAUGUGCACUGAAUGUGGCUAUGUCACCAAAUGGAAGCACUACCUCCGUGUGCACAUGCGAAAACACACAGGGGACCUCAGAUACCAGUGCAACCAGUGCUCCUAUCGCUGCCACCGGGCUGAUCAGCUGAGCAGCCACAAGCUGCGGCACCAGGGCAAGUCUCUGAUGUGUGAGGUGUGUGCCUUCGCCUGCAAGCGAAAGUAUGAGCUGCAGAAGCACAUGGCUUCCCAGCACCACCCUGGCACACCAACCCCAAUUUACCCCUGCCACUACUGCAGCUAUCAGAGCCGCCACAAGCAAGCCCUGUUGAGCCAUGAGAACUGCAAGCAUACCCGCCUCCGUGAGUUCCAUUGUGCCCUCUGUGACUAUCGCACCUUCAGCAAUACCACCCUCUUAUUCCACAAGCGCAAGGCCCAUGGCUAUGUACCUGGGGACCAGCUCUGGCAGCUACGCUAUGCCAGCCAGGAGCCAGAGGGGACCAGGCAGUGCCCAACACCCCCACCGGACUCAGAGCCCUCAAGCCAGCUGUCUGCCCAACCUGAGGGGCCAGGCCAUGAUCCUGGGUCUGUAAUAGACUCCAGCGUGGACCAGUCCCUGCCAGAGACAACUGAGGAGGUCAACACUGAGAAUCAGGAUGGCAGUGAACCUCCCCAUGGGGAUGACCUGGUUGGCAACCCCAGCCCAGCGGAGGUAGAGGAGGGUGAGGGCAGCUGCACACUACACCUAGAGGCCCUGGGAGUAGAGCUGGAACCUAUGGCUGAGCCACCUCUUGAGGAAAUCACUGAAACAGCCCCUGUAGAAUUCAGGCCCCUGGAUUCCUCAGGGCCUCUGGGAUUGGAAGGACCAGAGCUGUCCAGCUUUGAAGGUGUUAGGACUUCAAGCUUGGGUGCUGAAGAAAAUCCCAUUCUGGAGAAGCCAGUCUCUGAGCCCCCUAGAAAUCCUCCAUCCUCAGAGGAGGCCUCUAAUAGCUGGGUGGGAACAUUCAAGGCAACUCCACCUGCUGAGACAGCACCCUUGCCCCCAUUCCCUGAGUCAGAAUCAUUACUCAAGGCCCUAAGGAGGCAGGACAAAGAACAAGCAGAGGCACUGGUACUGGAGGGGCGGGUGCAGAUGGUAGUGAUCCAGGGGGAGGGACGAGCUUUCCGUUGCCCACAUUGCCCUUUUAUCACUCGCCGGGAGAAGGCCCUGAAUUUGCACUCCAGGACUGGGUGUCAGGUCCGCCGAGAGCCCCUGCUGUGUCCUGAGUGUGGGGCUCGCUUCAAGCAACAACGUGGCCUCAGCACCCAUCUGCUAAAGAAGUGCCCUGUUCUGCUCAGAAAGAGCAAAGGCUUGCUCAGACCAGAUUCUCCCAUCCCACUGCAUCCUCUGCUCCCAGGUGCCCAGGCCUCAGAGGACACAGAAAGCGGGAAGCCCCCACCUAUACCACUGGAAGUAGAGCUACUGCUUCCAAAAGAUGCUCCUUUGGAGCUUCCCAGGGAGCCAGAAGAAAUAGAGAAGCCUCUUGUCACACUCUCUAGCUCCCCAGUCCCUCCUACAGGAAACUCCUCACCCACAGAGACCCCUGAGAAGUACCACUUUGAGCAGGGCAAGUUUCACUGCAACUCAUGCACGUUCCUUUGUUCUCGGCUCUCCUCUAUUACCUCCCAUGUAGCUGAAGGCUGCCGUAGGGGGCAUGGUGGGGGAGGAAAGCGAGGGGCCUCCCAGACCCAACCUGUUCUGUCCCCCUUGAGCAAUAGAGAUUCCACUCCCCUGAGCAAUGGGAGUACAGAGUCCAGCCCCAGUGAUGGGGACACAGCUGUAGUUCAAAAGCAGAAGGGAGCUCGCUUCUCCUGCCCCACAUGUCCCUUUAGCUGCCAGCAGGAACGGGCUCUGAGGACUCACCAGACCCGGGGCUGCCCCCUUGAGGAUUCUGGAGAGCUGCACUGUGGCCUCUGCCCGUUCACUGCUCCUGCUGCUGCUGCCCUGAGACUCCACCAGAAGCGGAAGCACCCCACUGCAGCCUCAGCCCGCGGCCCCCGACCCCCUCUGCAGUGUGAGGACUGUGGCUUCACCUGUAAACAGAGCCGUUGUAUGCAGCAGCACCGGCGGCUCAAGCAUGAGGGGGUGAAGCCACAUCAGUGUCCUUUCUGUGACUUUUCCACUACCAGACGGUACCGGUUAGAAGCCCACCAAUCCCGACACACAGGUGUUGGCCGCAUCCCCUGCAGCUCUUGCCCCCAGACAUUUGGUACCAACUCAAAACUACGCUUGCACCGGCUAAGGGUACAUGACAAAACACCCACUCACUUCUGUCCACUUUGUGACUAUAGUGGCUAUCUUCGCCAUGACAUCACUCGCCAUGUCAACAGCUGCCACCAAGGUACCCCAGCUUUUGCCUGCUCCCAGUGUGAGGCCCAGUUCAGCUCAGAGACAGCACUUAAGCAGCAUGCUCUGCGCCGACACCCCGAGCCUACACACCCUGCCCCUGGCUCUCCUGCAGAGGCCACUGAGGGACCCCUGCACUGCUCCCACUGUGGGUUGCUAUGCCCCAGCCCUGCUAGCCUGCGAGGACACACCCGUAAACAGCACCCACGGCUUGAGUGUGGGGCCUGUCAGGAGACCUUCCCUAGCCGACCAGCACUGGAUGAGCACCGGAGGCAGCAACAUUUCAGCCACCGCUGCCAGCUCUGUGACUUUGCAGCCCGGGAGCGGGUGGGCCUAGUGAAGCACUACCUGGAGCAGCAUGAGGAGACUUCAGCAGUGGCAGCAACCUCAGAUGGGGAUGGAGAUGCUAGCCAGCCCCUUCUGCGCUGCCCCUUUUGUGACUUUGCCUGCCGCCAUCAGCUAGUGCUAGAUCACCAUGUGAAAGGGCAUGGGGGUACCCGUCUCUAUAAGUGUACUGACUGUGCCUACAGCACCAAGAACCGGCAGAAGAUCACCUGGCACAGCCGUAUCCACACUGGGGAAAAGCCUUACCAUUGUCACCUCUGUCCCUAUGCCUGUGCUGAUCCCUCUCGCCUCAAGUACCACAUGCGGAUCCACAAGGAGGAACGGAAGUACUUGUGCCCUGAGUGUGGCUACAAGUGCAAGUGGGUUAACCAGCUCAAGUACCACAUGACCAAACACACAGGAUUGAAGCCAUAUCAGUGUCCUGAGUGUGAGUACUGCACCAACCGGGCUGACGCACUGCGUGUGCACCAAGAGACACGGCACCGGGAAGCACGGGCCUUCAUGUGUGAGCAGUGUGGCAAGGCCUUCAAGACGCGCUUCCUGCUGCGUACCCAUCUUCGCAAGCACAGUGAGGCCAAACCCUAUGUGUGCAACGUGUGCCACCGUGCUUUCCGCUGGGCCGCGGGCCUGCGCCAUCAUGCCCUCACCCACACCGACCGCCACCCCUUCUUUUGCCGCCUUUGCAGUUACAAGGCCAAGCAGAAAUUCCAGGUGGUCAAGCAUGUGCGCAGGCACCACCCUGACCAAGCUGACCCAAAUCAGGGUGUGGGCAAAGACCCUACCACCCCUACAGUGCACCUGCAUGAUGUGCAGCUGGAGGAUCCUAGCCCUCCUGUUCCUGCCGCUCUACCCACUGGACCUGAGGGCUGAGCGCCUACCUCACCUCCUGGACAGCAAGAGGAUGUGGUCCAAGAUGUGUAAACUGGGACCAGAGCUGGCCUGAGGAGCUCAGGGCCUACGAAAGGACUGGCUUUGGGGUAUCAGGGUGACUGGAAACCUCCUGGAACUCUAGCUAUAGUACUUUGAAAUUAACGGCUAUAUAAGAGAGAGACAUGGAUCACAACAUUGAUUUCUUGUUGAGGCAUACUGUGUUUAAACCUGUGAGUUCCCAGUUUCUUCACCAUCACUCCAUCAUAGUCCCUGGCUAUAAGAACUUGGUUUUACCCACUCUGUCUUCUCUUCCCUUCUUAUUGUGUCAAGUACUAUUUUCUUUUAGCAUCUUCAAAACAGCUGUAUCUAACUGCGUGUGCUAUUGUGCCUAAUGCUCUAUAAAGCAUGUUAAACAGAGAA